UCAAAUAGAGCCAAAGAAAACAGAGCUCUCGAAUCAACUAAAACAGCAAAGAAAAGCUAUAAAAUCUCCCUAAAUUUAUUUGUACGUAUUAUUGUGAAUGGAAGAAGAGUCGUUGCUACCAGCAUCUCUCCACUCACAACGCUCGAAUGCUCUUCCUUUGUCUUCCUCCCUCUCCUCCGAGAUCGCAGAUCCUUUGCUCCCCUCCACCUCCGACCUAGCGUCGACGUCAUGGCCCCGCCGGAAGUCGCCCCUCUACCGCGCCCGCACCGCCCCUGCCAUGGCCGUGGUGCGCGAUCUCCUCCCCCGCAAACCCGACUCCUCCAAGCCCCCCAACUUCGGCUCCGCCGGCUCCAUCCUCAAGUACUCCUCCGUUCUUCUUCUCGUCUACUUGUCCCUCGGGGUACUGGUCUAUUCCAUGAGCCCCCAGGGCUUCUCGGGCGUCGAGACCCACCCCGCCGUCGACGCCCUCUAUUUCUGCAUCGUCACCCUAUGCACCAUCGGCUACGGCGAUAUUUACCCCCUCACCCCCGCCACCAAGGCCUUCUCCUGCGUCUUCGUCCUCGUCGGCUUCGGCGUCAUCGACGUCCUCCUCUCCGGUGCUGUCAAUUACGUCCUCGACGUCCAGGAGAAUUUGAUUCUUGAGGGUGCCCGUGCCGGGGCCGGCGUCGGCGCCGCCAGCUACGUCUUCGAUGCCGAGAAGGGGCGGAUGAGGAUCCGGAUGAAGGUCGCGCUCGCGAUCGGCGUCGUCCUGCUAUGCGUCGGGGCGGGCACGCUGGCUCUGUACCUGGUGGAGGAUCUUGACUGGAUGGACUCGCUGUAUCUGUCGGUGAUGUCGGUGACGACCGUCGGGUAUGGGGACCGGGCAUUCAAGACGCUGCCGGGGAGGGUUUUCGCUUCCGUCUGGCUGUUGGUGUCGACCGUGGCGGUGGCGAGGGCGUUUCUGUACCUGGCGGAGGCCAGGAUCGAUAAGCGGCACCGGAGGAUCGCCAAGUGGGUGCUGCACAGGGAUCUGACCGUCGAGGAUUUGCUCGCCGCUGAUCUUAAUCAAAAUGGUUUCAUCAGUAAAUCAGAGUUUGUGAUAUACAAGCUCAAGGAGAUGGGGAAGAUUGGAGAGAAAGACAUUCUGCAAAUCUGCAACCAGUUCCACAAGCUUGACCCCAUCAACAGUGGGAAGAUAACCCUCCUUGAUCUACUGAAUUCUUCCAGAUGACCCCGGAGGAGAUGUUUCCCCAGGGUAAACAAACAAGUUUUGUUGCAUGCCAGUAGAUGAUGGUGGAUGAUUUAAUCUAAGAAGUUGCUAUCUUCCUGACUUGAAUUGAUGUAAAGUCUCCUCUCGUGGAAUGGUAGUGAUUGAGAUGACUCUAACAAUUGGUGAAGAAAGGCUAGCAAUUUGAGACAUGAUGAGUAUCACAGGUUGCUAACACAACAAUAACAAUCUUCAUCACAUUUUUUAGGUGCUUGUUUUGUGAAAUUGUUAUGACCUAUCUUAUAUGCAGGUCUUGCUUUUAUGUUGCUUUGCCAUGGUGAAAUGAAGCAGUGAAUCUAAAUCUGAGGUUGAAGGACUUUUAUCACUUGGUUGAGAAUCAAAUGUUCUCUUCAGGUGCCCAAUUCCAGUGGAUAUGGAAAAGUGCUGGUGCUGUUGAGAAUAUCAUUCUUUUGGUGGAAGUUGGUAUGAGCCAACUUGCCUUGCAAAUAUUUCUUAGUUGACAGAGAUAUUCUUCUACAACAUCGUAUUCAUUGUGAUCUCUGUCCACACUCAGUAGAGGAUCUCCAACACAUUUUUAUUUGUCCCUUUGCAAAUCAAUGUUGGUAUGGGCUGCAUGAUUUAGUGAAUACAGGGUUCAUCCCUUCAUCUUUGCAGGCUUUAAUUAUAUUUGUGGCUCAAGCUGGGAUAGAGAAAAAUAUUCAAGCUCUUUACUCUUACAUGGCUUAUCUGCUGUAGUUUGCUAGAAACAAAAGGGUGUUUCAAAUGAAUUUCUAACUGUAUAGGAUAUAUUAAAAAUGGUAUCUGCAUUCUAUGGGGAUUUAUUUCACCAUUAAAGGGACACUUUCGCUGUUAGGUCAAGGAACUGGACCAAUUCUUCUUGGCAACAACCAAUUCAAUUUUCUAUUAUUAGCUGGGUGGCUCCUCACCUUGGAAAAGUGAAAGUGAACUUUGAUGGCGCUAAAAUAGGUGAAAAGGCUACCUCAGUUUGUGUGUUAAGAGAUAAUGAAAGGCAUAUAAUCUGGGCAGCCGGUCAGCAACUACCUAGUUCAUCUUUUUUUAUCCUUGCAGAGUUGAUGGGAGCAUGGAUGGGAUUAUACAAUGCAGUUCAAAUGUCCAUUUUGAUAAGCUGUGGCUGGAAGCAGACUCUUUUUCUAUUAUAAUUCGGCUUUCUGAUGUAUCUGAUUGCAGAUUACUCCAAGACCCACUACUAAAAGACAUUGUCGGCUGGAUAGCUACAACCAAUAUGAUCUCCAUUUCACAUAUACAGCAUGAAGACAACAAGGUAAUCGAUUGGAUGGUAGGAAAGCCUUUUGAAGGAGAUUUGGUAAUUCACUCAAAUUAGCCAUUGCCUGGUGAUUUGAAUCAACUCCUUUUGGCCGAUACUUAUGGGGUCGGAUACAUGAGAUCGGCUUAAUUUUCUUUUUGGUUUAGAGGAAGCUAGUUAAUCUUUUUGGUUUGCAUGUGGAUGUAAUUGUAUUUAUAACUGACAUAUGGUUCUUCAGAACCCUCAGUUGCAAAAAGAAAAAAAGACAGGAAGAAAAAAAAAGAGAGCAGUGAAUCUAUAGCCUUUUUCUAAUAAAAGAAAAUCAUUACAAUCUCAACAAA